AUGCUAGCGUUCGCUUCAAGCACUUCGAGCUAUACCUGCGACGACUUUAUGCCGAUUUACCCGUGCUCCGAUCAAAUGCUUUUCGGUUCUUCCAAAGAAUCGUUUGAAUGUUUAGAUGAUUCCGGAUAUGAUGAUGAAGCUGACAUGAUCAGCGAAAUUGCUGAAAAAAUUGGACAUCGACUCUGCCAAUUAUGCGAUGAAUUUGAAGCCGAGUUCUUCUCAACUUCCGACGACAUCGUUGCCGAGACGACUUCGUGCUGGUUCGAGCGGCUCGUAAGCUGGAUCUUCUAG